UGUGAAACUGUUCAUGGAAGAGAAGGACAAGGACUAUCCCGAGCUCUCAGACCUCGAGUGGAUUAUGGAUCUCGCAUUUUCAGUCGACAUGCUGUGUCACUUGGACAGACUGAACCUGACCCUGCUGGGUGUCCAGUUUCUGCUGCAGCAAAACAUCCCCACAAAAAUGAUGCUGUCACCUUCAUGGUUCACAGAUGGUAUGGUGUUUGCAGGACUAAUGGCUUCAUUCUCGCAGCCCCACACCCCUAGUGAGGAUAAGCUGUAUGGAAGAUGAAUGAAUGAAGAACUCAAGUCAAGUCAUUUUUAGCAGCACAUCUCGUGAUCUCUCACAGCACAAUGGUUGGAAAACAUUGUUGUAAUGCACACUCCCGACUUCUACACGAUUGGAGUGUCACCCUGCAGAGCACGAUUUAUGAAUUUAAACAUAUUAGAGAUAUUGUAUUUCACUCUUGGUAGAGGUAUGUGCUCCUCCAAGUGCUGGUUUUUGUUUUUGCAGAGGGGAAAUAAGUGAGUCACAAAAUACAUUGUGAUGCAUCCUGGAGCAUUUAUUUUUUCUAAAAGAAAAGGGCUGUUUUUAACUUGCACUGAAAGUAGAACAACCUUGGAUAUAAUCAAGAAAAUGAAGUGCCAAAAAAUCCAUCCAUCUUAUUCACCGCUUAUCCUCACAAGGGCCGUGGUAGUGCUGGAGCAUAUCCCAGCUAUUAUUGGGCAGGAGGCGGGGUACACCCUGAACUGGUUGCCAGCCAAUCGCAGGGGACAUGGAGACAGAAAACAGUCUCACUCACAAUCACACCUCAGGGCAAUUUAGAGUGUCCAAUUAAUGUUGCAUGUUUUUGGGAUGUGGGAGUAAACCGGAGUGCCCGGAGAAUACCUACACAGGCAGGCACAGGGGAGAACAUGAAAAAUCCACACAGGCAGGGCCGGAUCGAACCCAGGUCCUCAGAACUGUGAGGCCAACACUCUAACCAGUUGUUCCACCGUUCACAAAUAACGAUCAUUUUAAGAUAAUAUCGUAAGAAUAAGACAUGUCUUCUGUGUUUAGGGCGGUGGUUUUCAAACUGCAGGGCGCGCACACUUUUCAUUAUUAAAUUAAACCCAGCAGAUGGAGCUAAUUUUAUAAUCAAACACACAAGCCCACACCAGCCACGGAAAUGACAAAUGAAAUGAUGAAAGAUGCUAUAUUUUAGCAGAAAAAGUUUUGUUUAGUUUUUUUGGUUUUGGUACUUGAUAAACUCGCCAGUGUAAUUUUUCAAGCUAAGCCUAUGCAUAUUUUUAGAAAAAACUGUGUGCGUGUGUGUGUAGUGGGGAGGGGCAACUGAAAUUAAUUUUAUCUUCAAAGGGCGGGAUGGGGCACUGUAAAAAAGUGGUUUAGCGUAUGUCAUAUGCCUGAUUCAGGAUUACAUCCAUUCAACUUUUAGUUUUGUAAAAUAAACAAGUAAUAAAAAUAUACUCUGCAUAUGACAACUUCUUUUGCUAAAAAAAAAAAAAAUGCUUUGACUCCGGAGAUGAGCACUUGGCAAGUGCACUUUAGCAAGUGUGAUCCUUUUUACAUGCAUUAUGUAUUCUACAAAAGUUUUCAAGUGAGCCACACACACACUACACCACACACACCACAGAGUAAUGGUAGUUGUCUAUUUCUACCUACUUUGUGGUUUUGUAUACAGUA